AUCUUGUUGCAAAGCCCUUUCUUGUCGGCGGGACUCCCGGGGGCUGCAGGGCGGGAGGCAAUCGGAAGGGAGGAAGAGAGGGAGGGAAAAGAAGGAGGUAGUGCCGCCCUUUUUUUUUUUUUUUAACAUCACAUUUUAAAAAUUUGCGAAUUUAUAUUUUGCAAAUAUUUUGGGAGACAUUGACUUUUCCGUCCGUUGCUCCUCUGUUCCUCCCUGCGGAGUGCGCUGCGCAGCCCAGCCCUGUCGCCCACCGGAGGUGAUCCCUCCCUCCUGACUGCCCGCCAGUCUGACCUGUGCCUGGCUCGCGGGCCGCAGCCUCGGCCCCGGCGCGCCCCCGGCAGCUCUCGGCGCGAUGAGCAUUGAGACUCUACUGGAGGCGGCCCGCUUCCUGGAAUGGCAAGCACAGCAACAACAGAGAGCACGUGAGGAGCAGGAGCGGCUUCGCUUGGAACGGGAACGGGAGCAGGAGCAGAAGAAAGCCAGCAGUCUGGCCAGGCUGGCCCAUACCCUCCCCGUGGAUGAGCCCCGCAUUGAGGCGCCACCCUUGCCUCUGUCGCCGCCAGCACCCCCUCCAGCACCCCCACCACCACUUGCCACCCCCACCCCAUUAACUGUCAUCCCCAUCCCUGUAGUGACCAAUUCCCCACAGCCAUUGCCCCCACCUCCACCACUGCCCCCUACAGCUCAGUCUCUACCCCUGGCACCUCGACAGCCAGCACUGGUCAGCACCCCUGGACUCAGCAUUAAAGAGCCUGCCCCUCUGCCCACCAGGCCACAGGUGCCCACUUCUGCCCCCCUACUGCCAGAUUCGAAGACCACUGUUCCGCCCACUGGGAGCCCUAAACCGUUGCAGCCCCUCCCUACUCCCAUCCUGACCAUUGCACCACAUCCAGGGGUCCAACCUCAGCUGGCCCCCCAGCAGCCACCUACAUCCACACUUGGGACCCUGAAGUUGGCACCUGCUGAAGAAGUGAAAUCCAAUGAACAAAAGAAGAGGCCAGGGGGGAUCGGCACCAGAGAAGUCCACAACAAACUGGAGAAGAACAGGAGGGCCCAUCUAAAGGAAUGCUUUGAGACCCUGAAACGCAACAUUCCUAAUGUGGACGACAAGAAGACUUCGAAUCUGAGCGUGCUGCGGACAGCGCUGCGGUACAUCCAGUCCUUGAAGAGGAAGGAGAAAGAGUAUGAGCACGAGAUGGAGCGGCUGGCCCGGGAGAAGAUCGCUACGCAGCAGCGGCUGACAGAUCUCAAGCAUGAGCUGAGCCAGUGGAUGGACGUGCUGGAGAUCGACCGUGUACUGCGGCAGACAGGCCAGCCUGAGGAUGACCAGGCUUCCACCUCCACCGCCUCAGAGGGUGAGGACAACAUAGACGAGGAGAUGGAGGAAGACAGGGCAAACCUGGGCCCCCCCAAGCUGAGCCAUCGGCCCCAGCCGGAGCUGCUCAAGUCGGCCCUUCCGUUGCCCAGCACCGCGCCCCCACCCGCUCCCCCUCACCCACACCCUCAUCCCGUAGCCCUCUCUCCUGCCCAUCUCCCUGUGCAGCAGCAGCCACAACAGAAGACCCCUUUGGCAGCCCCUCCGCCCCCACCAGCUGCCCCCACCCAGACACUGGUGCCAGCCCCCGCCCACUUGCUGGCCUCUGCUGGAGGCAGCUCCACGGUCAUUGCCCACACGGCCACCACCCAUGCCUCAGUCAUCCAGACUGUGAACCAUGUUCUCCAGGGGCCAGGGGGCAAGCACAUUGCCCAUAUCGCCCCCUCAGCCCCUAGUCCUGCUGUCCAGCUGGCACCCGCCACACCCCCCAUCGGCCACAUCACAGUGCACCCUGCCACCCUUAACCACGUGGCCCACCUCGGCUCCCAGCUGCCCCUGUAUCCACAGCCUGUGGCGGUCAGCCAGCCUGUGGCGGUCAGCCACAUCGCCCACACCCUCUCGCACCAGCAGGUGAACGGCACCGCCGGGUUAGGACCCCCAGCCACUGUCAUGGCCAAGCCGGCUGUGGGGGCACAGGUGGUGCAUCAUCCCCAGCUGGUGGGCCAAACAGUGCUCAACCCUGUGACCAUGGUCACCAUGCCCUCCUUCCCGGUCAGCACACUGAAGCUGGCCUGAAGGUGAAGCCACUCAGAGGCCCCCAGUGGGGGCGGGGAGGGGGCCCUAGCCCCCACUCUCCCACCCACCAGCUCC